AUGUGGCUGUGGCUUGGCCCACCCUCGCUGUCCCUGAGCCCCAAGCCCACAGUUGGCCGGAGCCUGUGCCUCACCCUGUGGUUCCUGAGCUUGGUGCUGAGGGCCAGUACCCAGGCCCCAGCACCCACAGUCAACACUCACUUUGGGAAGCUAAGGGGUGCCCGGGUACCAUUGCCCAGUGAGAUCCUGGGGCCUGUGGACCAGUACCUUGGGGUGCCCUACGCAGCUCCCCCGAUCGGCGAGAAACGUUUCCUGCCCCCUGAACCACCCCCAUCCUGGUCGGGCAUCCGGAACGCCACACAGUUUCCCCCAGUGUGCCCCCAGAACAUCCACACAGCUGUGCCCGAAGUCAUGCUUCCUGUCUGGUUCACCGCCAACUUGGAUAUCGUCGCUACUUACAUCCAGGAGCCUAACGAGGAUUGCCUCUACCUGAACGUCUAUGUGCCCACGGAGGAUGUAAAGCGGAUUUCCAAGGAAUGCGCCCGAAAGCCCAACAAGAAAAUUUGUAGGAAAGGAGGAUCCGGCGCUAAGAAACAGGGCGAGGACUUAGCGGAUAAUGACGGGGAUGAAGAUGAAGACAUCCGGGACAGUGGCGCUAAGCCUGUCAUGGUCUACAUCCAUGGAGGCUCUUACAUGGAAGGGACAGGCAACAUGAUUGACGGCAGUGUCCUGGCCAGUUAUGGCAACGUCAUCGUCAUCACCCUCAACUAUCGGGUUGGAGUGCUAGGUUUCUUGAGCACUGGUGAUCAGGCUGCCAAGGGCAACUAUGGGCUUCUUGACCAAAUCCAGGCCCUCCGCUGGGUGAGCGAGAAUAUCGCCUUCUUCGGUGGUGAUCCCCGCCGUAUCACUGUCUUUGGCUCGGGCAUUGGCGCAUCCUGUGUCAGCCUCCUCACGCUGUCGCAUCAUUCUGAGGGGCUUUUCCAGAGGGCCAUCAUCCAAAGCGGUUCUGCUCUGUCCAGCUGGGCUGUGAACUACCAACCAGUGAAGUACACCAGCCUGCUGGCAGACAAGGUGGGCUGUAAUGUGCUAGACACAGUCGACAUGGUGGACUGUCUUCGGCAAAAGAGUGCCAAGGAGCUGGUAGAGCAAGACAUCCAGCCAGCCCGCUACCAUGUGGCUUUUGGCCCAGUGAUUGAUGGUGAUGUCAUUCCUGAUGACCCAGAGAUUCUCAUGGAACAGGGCGAGUUCCUCAACUAUGACAUCAUGCUAGGUGUCAACCAGGGUGAGGGGCUCAAGUUUGUGGAAGGGGUGGUGGACCCUGAGGAUGGUGUCUCUGGCACUGACUUUGACUAUUCAGUCUCCAACUUUGUGGACAAUCUGUAUGGCUAUCCUGAGGGUAAGGACACCCUGCGGGAGACCAUCAAGUUCAUGUACACAGACUGGGCAGACCGUGACAAUCCUGAGACCCGUCGUAAGACACUGGUGGCACUCUUCACUGACCACCAGUGGGUGGAGCCCUCAGUGGUGACAGCUGAUCUGCAUGCCCGCUAUGGCUCGCCUACCUACUUCUACGCCUUCUACCAUCACUGCCAGAGCCUCAUGAAGCCUGCUUGGUCAGACGCAGCUCAUGGGGAUGAAGUACCCUAUGUUUUCGGUGUCCCUAUGGUAGGCCCCACUGACCUCUUCCCCUGCAACUUCUCCAAGAAUGAUGUUAUGCUCAGUGCUGUUGUCAUGACCUACUGGACCAACUUUGCCAAGACUGGGGAUCCAAACAAGCCGGUCCCCCAGGAUACCAAGUUCAUUCACACCAAGGCCAACCGCUUUGAGGAAGUGGCCUGGUCCAAAUACAAUCCCCGAGACCAGCUGUACCUUCACAUCGGGCUGAAGCCAAGGGUCCGCGAUCAUUACCGGGCCACUAAGGUGGCUUUUUGGAAACACUUGGUGCCCCACCUAUACAACCUGCACGACAUGUUCCACUACACGUCCACAACCACCAAAGUGCCGCCCCCGGAUACCACCCACAGCUCCCACAUCACCCGCAGGCCCAAUGGCAAGACCUGGAGCACCAAGCGGCCAGCCAUCUCCCCUGCCUACAGCAACGAGAACGCCCAGGGGUCCUGGAACGGGGACCAGGAUGCAGGGCCACUCCUGGUGGAGAACCCACGUGACUACUCCACUGAAUUAAGCGUCACCAUCGCUGUGGGGGCCUCCCUCCUGUUCCUUAAUGUCCUGGCCUUUGCUGCUCUCUACUAUCGGAAGGACAAGCGACGUCAGGAGCCCCUGCGGCAGCCCAGCCCUCAGAGGGGAGCCGGGGCUCCUGAACUGGGAGCUGCUCCCGAGGAGGAGCUGGCAGCACUGCAGCUGGGUCCCACACACCACGAGUGUGAGGCGGGUCCCCCCCACGACACCCUGCGCCUCACCACGCUGCCUGACUACACGCUGACCCUGCGGCGCUCCCCUGAUGACAUUCCACUUAUGACCCCCAACACCAUCACUAUGAUCCCCAAUUCCCUGGUGGGGCUGCAGACAUUGCACCCCUAUAACACCUUUGCCGCAGGGUUCAACAGUACUGGGCUGCCCCACUCACACUCCACCACCCGGGUAUAG